AUGUCUCGUAACAAUGAUUCGUUUAAUUUGCGUUCAAUCCUUGAGAAGGAUAAGUUGAACAACAACAACUUCCUCGAUUGGGAAAGAAACUUGAGAAUUGUUCUCAAAAGUGAAGGAAUGGAGGAUGUCCUUAAUACCGAAAUCCCAGUUCUAGCUGAAAAUGCAACACAAGCUCAAAAAGCUAAUGAGAAACGUAUUCGUGAAAGGUCUAUGCCAAUUACUUGUCUCAUGUUGGCAAUGAUGGAACCAAAUCUUCAAAAGAGGUUUGAGACUAUGGAUGCUUAUUCCAUCAUCCAAAACUUGAGAUCUAUGUUUCAAGAAUUGGCAAGUCAAGAGAGGUAUAUAACAGCAAAACAGUUGCUUGAUAUAAAACUCUUGCCUGGGCAAAAGCUUCAUGAUCACAUGUUCAAAAUGAUCGGUCUUUUUGAAAAUUUAAGACGACUUGGAGUCAAUUAUGGCGAAGAGUUCGCUAAUGAUAUAGUGCUUUGCUCUCUUCAUGAUGGAUACAAAGAAUUCCGUCUUCACUACUAA